CAAUGCUCUCCACCUUCUCGAAGACGUGCCGCCGAGGGCUGGCAAUCCCUACUCCCUUUCCAACAAGUUUUUCUUGGUCAAGAUGCACUCAAAAUCCCAUAUCAAGGGCGAUGUCUAUGCAAGGGUCCGUAUCUAUAACGAACUACCUCGUACGGCCCCCAAGGUCAAUUUUAAUAGUCAACAAACUGCGAACACAGCCAGUGAUCCUUGCCAUCGACGCGUUUCUUGAGCAUGUCCAGGCCACAUAUCCCAGCGUCAGAGUCUUUCAUGAAGAUAGGUCAGAUAUACCCCAUGGAGCCGAGGUAUGGCAAUCCGGGAAAGCGGAACCAAUUGAUUUGGUCGUCACCCUCGGAGGCGAUGGGACAAUCUUGCACGCAUCAUCACUCUUUAGCGCAGGUGCGGUGCCUCCUGUUUUGAGCUUCUCGAUGGGGACUCUGGGGUUCCUUCUGCCGUUUCAUAUCGAUGACUUUGCCAAAGCGCUUGAGAGCGUCUUCCAAGGAAAAGCGACUAUCCUGAACCGCAUGCGUUUAGCGUGUACUUUUUUUGAUGAAAAACUAGUUAAGAAGAAAAACAACGUUGAUGACGGCAUUGAUUGGCAGGUAAUGAAUGAGAUAGCGCUGCACCGAGGGUCCAGUCCUCAUUUGAACACGAUUGAUAUAUUUGUGGAUGGUCAACACUUGACGGAAGCAGUUUCCGAUGGACUCAUAGUAUCUACUCCUACGGGAUCGACAGCAUAUUCUUUGUCGGCAGGCGGGCCUAUUGUACACCCAUCGUUAAGCGCCUUGGUCAUGACUCCAAUCUGUCCCCGGAGCCUAUCAUUCCGACCGCUAGUAUUCCCUUCCUCAUCUUCAAUCACAUUGCGGAUCGGUGAUCGUAGUCGAGCGCCCGCAGGGGUAUCAAUGGAUGGCCGAACGUCUCACGUCCUGCAGUCGGGAGAAUCAGUGAACAUCCAAGCAUCGCCGUAUCCUGUCCCUUGCAUCAACAGAUCUUCAAUUUCUGACGAAAAAAGGCAUGAAACACAACAGGGCGAAGGUGCGGGACCUGGGAAGGAAGACGAUUGGGUGCGGGACAUAAACAAUCUGUUGCAAUACAACGCGACUUUCAGAAGCAAGGCAUUGUUGAGACACAGUCGCACCUGAGUGGCUUGACUGUGGCUUGAUUAUUGAAAUAUUGGAGCUGAUUGAUGUUGAACGUUGUAACGUCAAUAAGUUGGUAGCUACAAAUAAGCACUUGGCGAACAUACUAUACGUAAGGAUACAGUGAACGUAUUUUACAGGGGUAUAUGUAUAGGGUAUUAUUUAAAAGGAGUCGAAGUUUCUGUACCACGAAAUGUUCAAAAAUGUCU